AGACGGUCUCUGUCCGGAUCUGAGAAGAACGCUCGGAUCUGAGAACACUCGCACUGGUGACUGCUCUGUCCCUCUCCCCCCCCCCCGCCCUCCCUUCGAAAUCUCCUCAACUGCAGACUGCAAAUCCACCGGCGGACUCUCUCCUCGUCGUUUGCCGGAUCUUCCAUCGCCACCGCCGACCGGAGGAGCCUCGCCAGGCAUCACUAGGCUGUAUCGUCUCUCUCUCUCUCUCUCUCUAUCGUUUUCGAAUCCCAGCGAUGAUCCAAGGGGAUCUGCAAGUUUGCCGGCGGCUUCUCUCUGAAACCCCUGCUAAUAGAUUCGCCGAGCGUCGCUGAUCUGCCAUCGCCGCCGGCAUACAAAAAGGAGGAGCCUCGCCAGCCGUCGCUGGGCUUUACUUGGAGACAAUAGAUGGACGUAGGAGGACCUCCAGCUGUUGUUCAAAAAAAGAUGCCACUCACACCUAAAGCCAUAAUAUACCAGAGGUUUGGCAGUGAAGCAUGCUAUAAGGUUGAGGAAGUACAUGAAUCUACUCAAAAUGAAUGCCCAGGGUUAUCCAUUCCACAGAAGGGCCCCUGUCUUUAUCGCUGUUGCUUGGAACUUCCAGACUUUUCUGUCAUAUCAGAAGCCUUCAAGAGAAAAAAAGAUGCAGAGCAGUCUGCUGCAGAGAUGGCUUUAGAGAAGCUAGGCAUGAGCACUACAACUGAUGAUUCCACUGUACAGGAUCCAUGGGAUGAGUUUGUUGCUCGCUUCUCUUACUUUUUCUCAAAUGAGUUCCUUUUAUCUCAUCAUCCCCUGAGUGGUCACUUCAGAGCGGCUUUGCGGAGAGAGGGUCAGCUGAAUGGCUUAAUUCCAAUUUCUGUCUUUGCUAUCUGUGAUACAAAGAUUAGUAAUUUAUGUAAAAGCAUAAAUCCAAAGGUCGAAUCAAAUCCUCUAUUGAUUAUCUCACUUAUACUAAGGGCAGCUCCAAGAUUAUCUGGUUCUGUCUCUACUUCUGAAGAACAGCUUUCAAUGCGGAGGGAAAAGCCAUACCCUCCUGAGAUUAUACAGUCUGUAGUUAACAAAGAGUCAAGCUUGCAGGAAAGUAUCUGGGUUGAAGUGGUACGGAUCCCAUACUUGGUUGAAAAGACUGUUGAACCAUUGACUCUUAAUUUUCCCUCAGAAGGUUAUUACCUGGAUGUCAUUGCUCGAGAACUUGGAUUAACUGAUGCUUUUAAGGUUAUGAUUUCCAGGACUAUUGGUAAAGCUUCCUCUGAGAUGAGAUUGUACUUCUGUGCUUCCAAUUCACAUCUGGAUCCAUCAUUAGAAGCUGUUUGUUCCAAAGGGUUUUUGAAUGCAAGAGCAAGUUACUUAUCUGGCCAUCUUAUAGAUGGUGAUGCAAUUCUGGCUUCCAUUGGAUACACAUGGAAGCCUACUGACCUCUUCUAUGAUGAUGUUUCCUUGGGCACAUAUUACAGGGUACUUAUUAAUAUGACACCAAGUGGAGCUUACAAGUUGUCCAGAGAGGCAAUACUCACAGCAGAGUUGCCUGGAACCUUUACGGCACGUACCAAUUGGAAGGGUUCAUUUUGGAAUUUGAUUUGUACAUUCUGUCGCCAGCACCAUUUAUUUGAACAUGUUUUUUCUGUGGUAAGUAAUCCCCUAGAAUCGCCAAUAUCACCUGAAUCGCACAAUUUGAAGGUCACUGAUCCAGGGAAUGAAAAAAUGAAUGCAUGUGGUAAUGCUGUUGGUGGUAGUAAACAAGUAUCCAGAGCAACAUUUAGAUGUGGAGUAAAAAUAUUCUCUAAGAGUCAGGAUUUGAUUAUUGAGUGUUCACCAAAAGAAUCUUUUAAGAAGCAGAAUGCUGCCAUCCAGAAUGCUGCAUGGAAAAUUCUCUCAUGGUUGGACAAAUAUUUUAGGAAACCUGAUAUACCUUUGGAAGAUCUGAUGUCUUUUGGAGAUGUUCUCGAUGUCCAAUUCCAUCACCAGCAAUUCUAUAGAAAAUUUUCCCUGUGUAAAUCUGUGAAUAAAUUUUGGCAGAGCAUUGGGACUCAAGAAAGCAGACUAAUAGGCUCAGAUUAUAUGAAUCAGCUAAAUGGAAUGGUGGGAGAUGGAGGGUGCCCUAUAAUCAUUGAAGGUCCUGAUUCUGAAGUCUCUCCAUCUAAUGGGGCUUUAGUAUGUAUAAUCUAUAGCAUUUGCUUGGUAAAAGAAACAGAAUAUAUGAAAGAACUCAUUGAAAGCAGUGAAGAAUUUGAGUUUGAGAUAGGGACUGGUUCUGUCAUGUUGUGCGUUGAAGGAGUUGUGACUCAGAUGUCUGAGCACCAGUCUGCAAAGUUUUAUAUGAACUUGCCUCCUCAAGAAUGGAUAUUAGCUUCAGCUCGUGACACAUCAAUAAUACUUCCAUUAUUAACUUCAGGAGGGUGCAACUUAGAGUGCUCCAUACUUCUGUUGCGAGUGACAGAACCUAUGGAGGAUAGAAUGGAGCAGGCUCGAUUCAGCCCCCCUUUAUCAAAGCAGCGUGUAGAAUAUGCAUUGCAACAUAUUAAAGAAUAUUGUGCCACUUCUUUGGUUGAUUUUGGAUGUGGAUCUGGAAGUUUACUGGAAUCUUUGUUAGAUUAUCCAACUUCUCUGGAGAAAAUUAUUGGGGUUGAUAUUUCACAGAAGGGUCUUGCUCGAGCAGCAAAGGUACUCCAUUCAAAACUAAGUAGAAGUACUGAUGCGACUACAUCAACUAUGGGUAUUAGAACUGCACUGCUGUAUGAUGGUUCAAUCACUGUUUUUGAUUCUCGGUUGUAUGGCUUUGAUAUUGGCACUUGCUUGGAGGUGAUUGAGCACAUGGAGGAAGACCAAGCAAGUUUAUUUGGUGAUGUUGUGCUAAGCUCUUUUUGUCCGAGGAUUCUGAUCGUCUCCACCCCAAAUUAUGAGUACAAUGUGAUACUCCAAAGAUCUGCUCCGCAGGAAGAAGAUGACGAUGAGAAAAGCCAACCACAGCCCUGUAAGUUCCGUAACCAUGAUCACAAGUUUGAGUGGACUCGAGAGCAGUUCCGCAGUUGGGCUUCUGACCUGGCCGCGAGGAACAAGUACAGUGUUGAAUUCAGUGGAGUUGGUGGGGAUGGCGACAAGGAGCCGGGAUUUGCCUCUCAGAUUGCUCUCUUUCGGAGGAGAGAUGAAUGCCCAAGAAACGUAGCCGUGAGCCACAAAUACCAGGUUAUAUGGGAGUGGAAUGCCACCGACACUGACAGUUCGACAUCUGCUCUCUGAAAACUAUAGCAUAACUGGAACAAAAUUGAGCCACAAAUACCAGAUUAUAUGGGAGUGGAAUGCCACCGACACUGACAGUUCGACACCUGCUCUCUGAAAACUAUAGCAUAACUGGAACAAAAUUUUGUGCCUAAACGUAGACCCUACUUUGGUUUUAUUACAGAGCUAUAGGCCGGCUGUUAUAAGAUUAUUAUUUCUGUUUUGGGUAUGAAAAGGGAGUUCUUUGUGAAUAUAGUGUACCAUCCAUUUUUUUGCUUCACAUGUUGGCCCCAAACAAUGUUGAGCAUGCUCUUCAUAUAUAAUUUAUAAAACUCUAAUAUUUUUACCGUA